UCCUUCCAUCUUAACACAGAGUGAAUUCCAGAUGCUGGUGACAUCGUGUUUAAAUGUUACUAAGACGCAGAAGCAGAUCCAUCAGCUGUUAGACGAGCCGUACAGCAACGGGAGUCUGGACCUGGACGCUGCGCCGGAAGACAUCCACAUCACACACAUCUACCCUGGUCAGUGUCCUCGACACAGGCAGCAGACUCGUCAGGGACUCUACACCUGGAGUAGAACGAAGGCUCAACACACACACACACAGCAGUGUGAACUAAAUUCUACAGGAACAGUAAUACGCCAGUGUUUGUUGGGUGCGGUGACGAGCCGUGCAGUGUGGAUGGCGCCGAACCUGCAGGACUGUCCCACUUUAGUGAAGACCCUCUCUGACCUGGAGAAGAUCACAGUCACUAAUGACACCGCGGUAGACGUGCUAAACAUCAUCGUGGACAUAAUGAAAGAGAGUGACGCCCUAGACGAGCAGGACCUAUGGCUGGUGCUAAACACACUGAAGGUGGUGCUGAAUGUCUCAGUCAUGACCUUUGACCUUGCACAGGUCAUUAUCAACAUCACAUCAGACAUCUUGAACUCGCAGAGCAACCUCCAUCCCUUCACUAACUGUAUUCUGAACAUCACAGAGACAGUGGGAAACAGAAUGUCUGAGCUGAGUAAUGGCUCUGUUAGCGUGGUGGCUGCAGCGUUAGCCCUGUCUGUGGUCGAUGUCGAUACGGAGAAAUCCAACAAUCUGACGUUUGGAGUUACAGAGAUGACCAACAAUCCACAUCCAGUGGUGUAUAUUAAUCAGGACCCAGCUGAGGGCACUGUGGCCUUCAUCUCUCUCCCGCCGUCUUUACAUGCCAGUUUCCCCCCAAACUACAACAGUAAUCCUUAUGUCCAGUUUCAGUUCUAUGGAGUUCCUGAACUUUUCCAGAACUGUGAGAGUGAGAAGGUGUUAAACACGUACGUUAUAGCUGCCAGUUUGAUUAACGGCGAGGAGCCAAUUAGAAACCUGAAGGUUCCAGUCGUCAUCAUGCUGCAACACCUCAACACCAACAUACUCGGGAGAGAUGUUCAGUGUGUGUACUGGGACUUCAACAAGCACAGUGGUUCUGGUGGGUGGAACCCCAGUGGGUGUUGGAAACACAACACGACUCAGAAAUACACAACCUGUAUGUGUGAUCACCUCACACACUUUGGUGUGCUUCUGGACAUAUCCAGGACGCCCAUUGAUGAGACAAAUGAGAAAAUCCUCACCCUCAUCACAUACACAGGGUGUGGUGUCUCGUCUUUUUUUCUUGGUGUGACGGUGCUGACCUACUCACUGCUGGAGAAGUUAAGGCGUGAUUACCCAUCUCAGAUCCUGCUGAACCUCUCCAUCGCUCUGCUCGGUCUCAAUCUGGUUUACCUGGGUAACUCCUGGCUCUCCUCCUUUGAACUGGACGCCCUCUGUGUUGCUGUGGCAACCACUCAGCAUUACUUCCUGUUGGCCUCAUUCACCUGGAUGUUCCUGGAGGCAGUGAACAUGUAUUUUGCACUCAUUAGGGUCUUCAACGCCUACGUGCCUUCAUACAUCCUCAAAUUCUGCUUCAUCGGCUGGGGUGUUCCUCUGCUGAUCUGCUCUUUGGUGCUGCUGGUGAAACCUGACUCGUAUGGACUCCUGCAUUACAUCACCUCGGAGAAGUGCUGCUGGGUGUCAGACACCAUGGUCUUCUACGUGUGUGUGGUGGGCGUGGUGGGGGUGAUUCUGUUGGUGAACGUGUCCGUGUUCUUAAUGGUCCUGCUGCAGGUGAGGCGGGCGUGUGCGAGCGAGCAGAGCGGAGUUAUGAAGGAGCUGCGUGGUGUCUCCAGUCUCACUCUGCUGCUCGGACUCACCUGGAGCACCGCCUUCCUUACCUGGGGCAACGCCAGGGUCCCGAUGCUCUACGUCUUCUCCAUCCUCAACAGCCUGCAAGGAUUUUUUAUUUUCGUUUUUCAAUGUCUGAUGAAGGAGAAUGUACGUAACCAGUGGCGAGUCCACCUCUGCUUCGGGCGCUUCAAACUGCGGGAGCACUCGGAAUGGAGUCACACUCCUCCCGUCAUUAACAGGCCCACACACACUCCGAUGCUGAUCUUCCCCACUGUGGCUUCAGUCAGAUCCAACAAAUCCAACUCAACUCAGAGCUCCUCUGCUUCCUCACACUGCACUGAACACCACUUCUCAGUGAACAGACCUGACCUGGGCACAGUGUAUCAUCAGAGCUUCCUCCUGUCUCAAGGACACACUCCGCUCCCAGAGGAUAGAGGACACUGCACACACUCCCUGAGCUGGAUCCCUAAAGAGGUUCCUGAGAACGAUGUUUACUUCCCCUAACACUGGUCUUCUGCGUGGCCUCACUGCGGUGUUCUCUGAUCACGGCAGGCCUUAGUGUGUGGCCUCUUUAUAUUUUUCACAUUGUUUCUAUUAAACUGAGCUAUGCGUUUAGAUCUUAUCCAAAGUGAAGCGACUCAAUAAACGUACUGUACGUGAUAACUGUGGAUGAUUAUUAGUUCUGGUGAAGCGUGCUGUGUGGAGUGUGACUG